UUGAAAUUAGGAUUUAAUUAAAUUAAACAGUUGCUUUUAGGAAACAGAGCUGAGAAUGAUUCCUUGACAAACGUGCAUUCAUUAAAACUAUAUAUGUUUGUGCUAAAGACUUUACAGAGAUGAUGAGGGCUCUGGGUUAUCCCCGGCUCAUCUCCAUGGAAAAUUUUCGUACUCCAAACUUCAUGCUGGUUUCAGAGAUACUGCUCUGGCUGGUGAAAAGAUAUGAGCCUCAAACGGAUAUCCCUUCCGAUGUUGAGACAGAGCAGGACCGGGUUUUUUUCAUUAAGGCAGUUGCUCAAUUCAUGGCAACUAAAGCUCAUAUAAAGCUCAACACCAAGAAGCUCUAUCAGGCAGAUGGCUAUGCUGUGAAGGAGCUGUUAAAGAUCACGUCCAUACUUUACAAUGCCAUGAAGACCAAAGGGAUGGAAGCCACUGCAGUGGAGGAAGAAGAUACAGGCAAAUUCAAAUUUGACCUUGGUUCAAAAAUUGCAGAUCUGAAGACUGCCAGGCAGCUUGCUUCAGAAAUCACCUCGAAAGGAGCAUCUCUGUACGAUUUACUGGGCAAAGAAGUGGAGCUAAGGGAAUUGAGGGCGGAAGCGAUUGCCAGACCUCUGGAGAUAAAUGAGACUGAGAAGGUGUUGAAGGUUGCCAUCAAAAACAUUCUGGAGCAGGUCCAAAAAACCAAAGACAUGCUGAAUAAUGUGGCGUCAGAUGAAGCCAGCUUGGAGGCCAAGAUUGAAAAGAGAAAAGCAGAGCUUGAAAGGAAUCAGAAGCGCCUUCAGACACUACAGAGUGUUCGCCCAGCCUUUAUGGAUGAAUAUGAAAAGAUUGAGGAGGAACUGCAAAAACAGUAUAGCUCUUAUCUAGAGAAGUUUCGUAACCUUGCCUAUUUGGAGCAACAGCUAGAUGACCAGCAUCGCAUGGAGCAGGAAAGAUUUGAGGAAGCAGAAAAUACCUUGCGGCUGAUGCAAAACAAGUUGAAGGAGGAAGAGAAGCGGUUGCUGAAGACUGGAAGUAAUGACGACUCAGACCUGGAGAUCCAUGAGGAUGAAGGGUCUGACAGUGAAAUGGAAGACAGGCAGCUAAUGAAGCAGCAUACGGCCAUGGAGAUGUUGAUGCAAGGGAGGCCGAGCAAGCGGAUCGUAGGAACAAUGCAAGGAGGAGACACGGAGGAUGAUGUCGGGGCGCCCCAGGCCCGAGCCGGUAAACCCCGAGCCUCCAGAGCCAAGGCUAAGGAAGACUCAGAGGACAGUGAAAUAGACCUGGAUGAUGAUGACGAAGAUGAUGAGGAUGACUUGGAAGAUGACAGCUUGGAUCUCUCUCCCAACAAGGCCAGCCGAAGAGUCAGGAAACCUGAACCCCUGGAAGAGAGUGACAACGACUUCUGAGGAGCCACAGACUCUCCUGACGCCAGUCUUGGGAAGCAGAGAGAAGCUAAGGAGCUGUUUAACACAUGCCUGCUUGUUUGUCCAACGGGAUGCACUCUGCAGCCAGAGGAUACAUGGAAAUAUUCCGCGGAUCCCAGCCUGUAACUCCAGCAAGAGUCCGCUGCUGAAUUAGUUCUGUCUUA